UGGCAACCGUGUUUUCAUUGACUCAUUCUGUGCAUUGAUCGCGACAGAGACACGCCAUAAACAGGAUCAGAUUGUCGAGCAGCACACGAUCGGACGCUGUCCUCAUGACAUUCUCCCAAACGGGCUACACUGGGUGAGAUCUACUGGUGAAAUCGUGAUCGCACCGAUCGGAAGUUUAACUGACUGUGAUUGUGCGACCAUUAUCAUGGCUGCGUCUGAAUUAUAUACGAAGUACGCCCGGGUUUGGAUCCCGGACGUGGAGGAAGUUUGGAAGUCAGCAGAGCUCAUCAAGGAUUACAAACAAGGAGAUGGAGUUCUGAGUCUGCAGCUGGAGGAUGGAACGGAACUCGAGUACAAAUUGGACCCCAAGACAAACAACCUCCCGCAUCUCCGUAACCCAGAUAUCCUGGUGGGAGAGAACGACCUGACGGCUCUCAGCUACCUGCACGAGCCCGCCGUGUUACACAACUUGAAAGUGCGCUUCAUCGAUUCCAAGCUCAUCUACACGUACUGCGGUAUCGUACUUGUCGCCAUAAACCCAUAUGAGACGCUGCCCAUUUAUGGAUCCGACAUCAUUAAUGCGUACAGCGGGCAGAAUAUGGGCGACAUGGACCCGCAUAUCUUCGCAGUGGCAGAGGAGGCUUAUAAACAGAUGGCCAGAGAUGAAAGGAAUCAGUCCAUCAUUGUGAGCGGAGAAUCCGGGGCGGGUAAAACGGUCUCUGCCAAGUAUGCUAUGCGUUACUUUGCCACAGUCAGCGGCUCUGCCAGCGAAGCCAACGUGGAGGUGAAGGUUCUGGCAUCCAACCCCAUCAUGGAGUCCAUAGGUAAUGCUAAGACCACCAGGAAUGACAACAGCAGUCGAUUUGGGAAGUACAUUGAGAUUGGCUUUGAUAAGAGGUAUCACAUCAUCGGGGCGAACAUGAGGACAUAUCUGCUGGAGAAAUCACGAGUUGUGUUUCAGGCGGACGAGGAGAGGAACUAUCAUAUCUUCUAUCAGCUGUGCGCUUCUGCUCACCUGCCCGAGUUUAAAGCCCUUAAACUCAGGACAGCCAAUGAUUUUCACUACACCAAACAGGGCAGAAACCCAGUGAUAGAUGGGGUGGAUGAUGCUAAGGAGAUGUCGACCACCAGGAACGCCUUCACACUGCUCGGAGUGAAUGAGUCCUAUCAGAUGGGCUUGUUUCAGAUUCUGGCAUCAAUUUUGCACUUGGGGAAUGUGGAGGUGAAGGACAAAGAUUCAGACAGCAGUAUUAUUCUUCCAAAUAAUGCUCACCUGAGCGUGUUUUGCGAAUUGAUGGGCGUGACGUAUCAGGACAUGUCUCAUUGGCUGUGUCAUAAGAAGCUCAAGACGGCAACCGAGACCUACAUAAAACCCAUUCCCAAACUUCAGGCCAUAAACGCCCGUGAUGCUCUCGCUAAACAUAUCUACGCCAAACUCUUCAACUGGAUCGUUGACCAUGUGAACAAAGCUCUGCAUUCAACAGUCAAACAGCAUUCGUUCAUCGGAGUCCUGGACAUUUAUGGGUUUGAAACAUUUGAGAUCAACAGUUUUGAACAAUUCUGUAUCAAUUAUGCCAAUGAGAAACUCCAGCAGCAGUUCAACAUGCAUGUGUUUAAGCUGGAACAAGAGGAAUACAUGAAAGAACAGAUUCCCUGGACUCUCAUCGAUUUCUAUGAUAACCAGCCCUGUAUCAACCUCAUCGAGGCCAAGAUGGGCAUCCUCGACCUGCUGGAUGAAGAGUGCAAGAUGCCGAAGGGUUCGGAUGACUCUUGGGCUCAGAAGCUGUAUAACACUCAUUUGAAAACGUGUGCACUUUUUGAGAAGCCGCGGAUGUCCAAUAAAGCUUUCAUUAUUCAGCACUUCGCAGAUAAGGUUGAGUAUCAGUGUGAUGGUUUUCUGGAGAAGAAUAAAGACACAGUGAAUGAGGAGCAGAUCAAUGUUCUGAAGGCCAGCAAGUUUGACCUGUUGGUGGAGCUGUUCCUGGAUGAGGAGAAAGCCACAAGUCCGACUGGUGCUCCUCCGGCUCCUGGAGGACGAACACGUCUCAGCGUCAAACCAGACAAGAAAAAAGCCGGCCAGGCCAGCAAAGAGCACAAGAAGACGGUCGGACUGCAGUUCCGCAAUUCUCUUCAGCUGCUAAUGGAAACGCUGAAUGCAACUACACCACACUAUGUUCGCUGCAUCAAACCCAACGAUCACAAAUUCGCCUUCACGUUUGACCCCAAGAGGGCAGUGCAACAGCUGCGUGCAUGUGGAGUUUUGGAAACCAUCCGAAUCUCUGCAACAGGUUUCCCAUCCAGGUGGACCUAUCAGGAGUUCUUUAGCAGGUAUCGUGUCCUGAUGAAGCAGAAAGAUGUCUUGACAGAUAAGAAGAUGACCUGCAAAAAUGUUCUGGAGAAACUGGUGCAGGAUCCAGAUAAGUACCAGUUCGGGAAAACCAAGAUUUUUUUCCGGGCGGGGCAGGUUGCGUACCUGGAGAAACUGCGUGCAGACAAGCUGCGUGCCGCUUGCAUCCGCAUCCAGAAGACAAUCCGCUGCUGGCUGGCACGCAAGAAGUACCUGCGCAUGAAACACGCUGCCACAACCAUCCAGAGAUACGUCCGUGGAUACCAGGCCCGCUGUCUUGCAAACUUCCUGCGUCGCACACGGGCCGCAAUCGUCAUCCAGAAGUAUCAGCGCAUGUAUGUUCAGAAGACGUGUUACAGGCGCAAGCAGGCUGCAGCUCUGGCCAUGCAGUGCAUACUCAGAGCGUACAUGGCCAGACAGCUGUACAAAGCGCUUCUGCGAGAGCACAAGGCCGUCCUCAUUCAGAAGAUGGUCCGUGGCUGGUUGGCGCGUCAGUGGUACAAGCGGACGCUCGAAGCCAUCGUGUACCUGCAGUGCUGCUUCCGUCGCAUGCGUGCCAAACGCGAGCUCAAGAAGCUCAAGAUCGAGGCCCGAUCGGUCGAACACUUCAAGAAGCUCAACAUCGGCAUGGAGAACAAGAUCAUGCAACUGCAGCGGAGGAUAGACGAACAGAACAAGGAUAACCGAGCUCUCAGCGAGCGCUUGAACGGCCUGGAGAUCAGUCACGCUACAGAGUCCGAGCGUCUGCGCACAGAGCUCACGCGUCUGCGAGGGGCAGAGGAGGAGGCCAAAAACAAUGGCAACAAAGUCACAACUCUUCUGGAGGAACUGGAACGUCUGCGCAAAGACCUGCAGAUCACGCAGAAAGAGAAGAAGUCCAUCGAGGACUGGGCACAAACAUACCAGGACGAGAUGGAGAAGAUGAUCUCAGAACUGAAAGAGCAGAAUCACCUGCUGAAGAACGAGAAAGACGACCUGAACCGACUGAUCCAAGAGCAGAGCCAGCAGUUUACAGAGAAAAUGCAGAGGGCUCUAAAGGAGGAAACCCAGCAGUUAGAAAGCGAUUUAAACGAGGAACGUUCUCGCUAUCAGAACCUGCUUACAGAACAUCUGCGACUGGAGGAGAAAUACGACGAUUUGAAGGAGGAGAUAACUCUGGCUGUGAACGUUCCCAAACCUGGCCACAGACGCACAGACUCCACACACAGCAGCAACGAAUCCGAAUGCACAUACUCCGAGUUUGCAGAGUCAGAGGAGGGGUCCCGCGGGGGGGAGGAUGUUUCCAAGGGGAUACUGGACAUGUCACUCUUCCUGAAGCUGCAGAAGAGAGUGUCCGAACUAGAGCAAGAGAAACAGUCACUGCAAAACGAACUCGAUCGCAGAGAGGAGCAGUUUCAGCGGGCUAGAGCCAGGGAUGAUGAAGAACAUAAGAAGGCUCGUGGCGCUGAGCUGGAGUAUGAAUCUCUCAAGCGGCAAGAGCUGGAAUCUGAAAAUAAGAAGCUGAAACAUAAUCUAAAUCAGAUGCGUCAGUCUCUGCGAGGCAGCGGCGAGGCCGGUUCUGCCGCUCCGGGUUCUCCAGCGUACACGGUUCUGCUGGAUCAGCUGAAUGCUUCCAAUGAGGAGCUGGAGGUGCGUAAAGAGGAGGUGCUCAUCCUGCGAUCUCAACUCGUCAGCCAGAAAGAGGCCAUGCAGCACAAGGAAACGAUGACUGAACCUUUGCCCUACAUUGAGGAUGUGCAGAAGCUUACUGAUGCCAAGGAGAUCUCACAGGCCUACGUGAGCUUGAAAGAAACCAAUAGAUCACCCAGGUUUACACGCAGGCCGACAGAAGUAAAUGAGCUUGUGAACAGGUUGAGAUCUCCCUUCCCUGACUACCAUAAGCUGAAUGAGGAUGGGGAACUGUGGCUGGUAUAUGAAGGGUUAAAGGAAACGAACAGGUUGUUAGAGUCUCAGCUCCAGGCUCAGCGGCGGUCUCAUGAGAAUGAGGUGGAGGUUUUGCGUGGAGAUCUUCAGAGUGUGAAAGAGGAGAAUAACCGUCAGCAGCAGCUGUUGGCUCAGAACCUUCAGCUUCCUCCAGAGGCCAGAAUCGAGGCCAGUCUACAGCACGAGAUCACGCGCCUCACCAACGAAAACCUGGACCUCAUGGAACAGCUAGAGAAACAGGACAAGACAGUUCGCAAGCUGAAGAAACAGCUGAAAGUCUUUGCCAAGAAGAUCAACGACCUGGAAGGUGGUCAGAUUGACGUGUCUCCAGGACAGACGGCUGAUGAGCCUGUUCACCCGGUGAACAUUCCUCGCAGAGAGAAAGAUUUCCAGGGAAUGCUCGAGUACAAGAAAGAGGAUGAGCUGAAACUGGUCAAAAAUCUUAUACUUGAGCUGAAGCCUCGUGGUGUGGCGGUCAAUCUGAUUCCGGGUCUGCCUGCGUACAUUCUCUUCAUGUGUCUGCGCCACUCCGACUACGUCAAUGAUGACCAGAAAGUGCGAUCUCUACUUACCUCCACCAUCAACAGCAUUAAGAAGAUCCUCAAGAAACGAGGUGAUGACUUUGAGACGGUUUCCUUCUGGUUGUCCAACACAUGCCGCUUCCUACACUGCCUGAAACAGUACAGUGGAGAUGAGCAAUUCAUGAAGCAUAACACCCCUAAACAGAACGAACACUGUCUCUCCAACUUUGACCUGGCUGAGUACCGGCAGGUUCUGAGUGACCUGGCCAUUCAGAUCUACCAGCAGCUCAUCAAGAGUAUGGAGAACAUCCUGCAGCCCAUGAUCGUUUCCGGCAUGCUAGAACACGAAACCAUUCAGGGCGUGUCAGGGGUCAAGCCCACGGGUCUCCGUAAGAGGACGUCCAGCAUUGCUGACGAGGGCACGUACACGCUGGACUCCAUCAUACGCCAGCUCAACACCUUCCACUCCAUCAUGUGCCAGCACGGGACUGACCCGGAGCUCAUCAAGCAGGUGGUCAAACAACAAUUUUACAUCAUUGGCGCCGUCACGCUCAACAACCUGCUGCUGCGUAAGGACAUGUGCUCCUGGAGCAAGGGCAUGCAGAUCAGGUAUAAUGUGAGUCAGCUUGAGGAAUGGUUGAGAGACAAGAACCUCAUGACAUGCGGCGCUAAAGAAACUCUGGAGCCGUUGAUUCAGGCCGCACAACUGCUGCAAGUGAAGAAGAAAACCGAUGAAGAUGCAGGGGCUAUCUGCUCCAUGUGUAACGCUCUCUCUACAGCACAGAUCGUAAAAGUGCUGAACUUGUACACGCCAGUCAAUGCGUUUGAAGAGCGAGUGUCAGUACUGUUCAUAAGAACAAUACAGACCCGUUUACGGGAUCGGAAGGAGUCGCCUCAGCUGCUAAUGGACACCAAAAUCAUCUACCCCGUCACCUUCCCCUUUAACCCCUCCUCACUGGCCCUGGAAACCAUUCAAAUCCCCAGCAGUCUCAAUAUAGGCUUCCUUACUCGUGUGUAGACCUCACCUCACCAAUCACACAGCAGGAACAAAGAACCAAAAUGUAGAAAUAAAAAUCAAGUCAAUAAUUAUAAGUUAAUAAACUACACACUCAAAGAGAAUGCAAUUUAGAUUUAGUCACAAAUCCAUUUUUCUCCUUUGCACGUCAUUUAUUUAUCCAAUCAAAGGCUAAAUCUCACAAAAAAACAUCAUGUCAUAUUUGACCCUAAAAAUCUGAAGAAAUCGGGUAAAACCCAUGUCCAUUUGAUGACAGUUUAGAUUUGCAACAUUGUGACAUUGUUCUUGUUGUUAUUUCAGCACCCUCCUGCUAUUCUUUAAUGCAAUAUUUCAUUUAGAUAUUUAUAUAUCAUACUAUUAGAUAUAUCAUUCGAUAUUUAUUUAUACAUGAUGGUGGCAGUUGCACUGCUUUAAUUUAUGCUGAAAAUGCUGUAAUGUAAACCCUUAUUCAGGAACACAAUUGACAAAAAAUCCUAAAAUAUCUGGAUCCAUUACAGUGAUGACAAAAUUAGAGGAAUGCAUUAUUGUCAUUAAAAUAAUGUCACAAUGCAAACAAUAUCUUAAUGGUACAAAGAUCUUUUUUUUUUAAAAGGAUAUGUUUCUCAUAAGAACACUCCCAAAAUAUGACAUUUUAGGGAUGUUUAUGUUUAUGGCUCAUGACACAAAUGUCUUUAAGCACCGUCACAACCAGAAUACUUUCACAGGGCUGUAUAAUCUUAUACAUAUAUAAAUAUCUAUGAAUAUGUAUGAUGUUAGGGUAUUUUAUUUAGUGCUUUGCCCAAUCACAUAUUUUUAUUAGCUAAUGUGGAUAUCCAGUUGCAAAACUAGUCCUCUAAAUCUUUAUUAUAUAUAUCAGAAAAAAGCCUUUGAGCUCAGCUGACUUCAUUAUCAUAGAUGUUCAUUUCUAAGUAGUGCGUAAUGUUUAUUAGCUGUAAAAUAGGUAUGUCUGGUGUAACUGGGAGGAUGAAAGUCUGCAUCCAUGCGCUGUCCCAGAGCCUUCUUUGUGAGCUUUCGUCUCUUCCUCAAGUUUACAUCAUCGGGCCAUUUCCAAAAGAUGAUACCGUCCAGACCCAGGGCAUGGUGUGUGUGGGAUCUUCGUGCCUAGAUGAGCAUUUUGAGCCCUCCGCCAUGCUCAAGGUGGGUGAAUCUCGUGAAGCUGUGUCAAGGCUGUAUAUUAAACAUGACCUGGACAUUUCUCAACACACUGGAUAUCCCCCAAGAAGCUAUUAAGAAAUCCCAAGCCACCAUCACUGGAAGAGGUUUUAUAGAAGUCUUCUGUUAUUUAUUUAUUGUAUGAUUUUAUCGAUUAGAAACGGCUGUUACUUUUACAGCAUGUGCUGUUAUAUCAUUGAUUUAAUAUGAUGUCUGUCUUUUGUGUUAAUGUCUGGCAGGAUAUCAGUAUUACCUUGAAUGUGUCAGACAGCUUUUAUUGUAAAACUGUUUAUUUUGAUGUUACAGCAGUCACCUUAUUACACUCAUGCUGUCCAUUCCACAUACACUAAAAUACUCUGUCGUACUGCAUUUACAUAAGUAAUACAUGGUUCAGGAUCAGGUCAAUGUAACACUAAACACCCAUCUCAAGCCUAUACUUUGUGUUCAGUAUGUUGUUUAAAACUAGUUCAGUGUGUUAUUGGCCAUUAACACACUGCAUUGGACCCAUGUCGCUCCACUGUAGUUUGCUGGCAUCUGAUCAUGUCAUGCCUUACUACACUGUACUUACAGCCUUUCCUGUAUCACACUUGGAGCUUCUAUUUGACCGCUUCAACAUCAUGUCGGUCCUGCGUAUGAAAGAGAUCAUUGAUAGGAGAGUUGAAACUGUGUGUGUGGAUACAUUACACUGCAGAAAAAAACAAAAGUAUUUUUGUCUUGUUUGCCUGUAAAAUAUCGUUACAUCCUUCAAGCUAAAUAAAUAUACAUGAGAAGCAAACCUGUGUCUGGUAAUCUCAUUGGCAAAAAGGUUUUUUAGCCUAAAUCUUUCUUUAAAUUUAUUAAGGUUAGCACAAGAAAAACUAUUAGCCAAAUAAACCAUUUAAGACAUAAAAAUCUUACACAAUUUUGCUUCUGCAGUAAAUUUAUAUAGGUUAGAGAUGUUUGUUGAUGUAGGAUGGUUGUGUGCAAGUUUCAUGAAAAUUGUCUUAAACAUUGUAACUGUAUUUGAAAACAGGCUUUAUUUUCUUUAGCCAAACAAAACUAGACACUAAAAGUGUUUUUUUUUUCUGUGUGUGUGUGUGUGUGUAAAUCACUUAAAAGCAAAUUAUCAGUAGCAAGAAUAAUUUGUUAACUUUACGAUGGUAAUGGGACCCAAUGUGUACUGAGGUGAUGUUUACUUUGUAUAGUCUUGUUUAUUCCGUUUUUAUAGAAGAAUAAUGGAUUUACAAAUUGAGUCUGCUACAGAAGAUAAUUAAGUUGUACUGGAACACAAACAACUGAAAACAUAAAAAUGUAAUGUUUUAGUUUAUACAUGAUUUACAGUGUCAUAUUUAAGACUUACCUCUAAAGUGGAUGACAUGUAACUGUAACAGUUUCAUUUUGUUCUUAUGUGUUGUGUGUUCUUUGUUUUCACUAGCUAUAAAGCCAUAUGUUGAAUGAAAUGGAAACUUCAGAAAUGUCAUUUUUAUGUUUAUUGUGCAUACCUCUACACACGCAUUCUUCUGCAUUUCAUCCUACUGUCUCCAAAAAACUUUUGUUUAUAAUAUUCAUCUUGCCGCCAACAGCCCUGGUCAAACUUCAGAUAACUGAACUGUCUUCUACUGUACCUUUGAUUGGUUUGUCAUGUAUGACAUGCACAUCACUGUUAUGGCAGUCAGCCAGAUGCUUAUUGAGUCAGGCAUGAUCACCCUGGUCUCAUGCUUGUAGAAAAGCGCAACUUAUACAGACAUUGUUAGUCACUGUAGGUAAUGCAGAUCAACUGAGCGUCUCAUGUGUUUGGUACAUGAGUUAAUGGAUUGAGGUCUCAGGAGGGGAUGUUUCUAAAGGACCAGAGGGUUUGUAGUUCCUGUAGCUGUAAUUAUUUCAUCUGUUCAUUGAUGCAGUUUCAUUGAGUGAUAUACUAAUAUAAAACUUGUUCAAGUCAAAUAAAUGAAUUCAGCACUGAAUGUCUGAAUGUGUUUUCA